GGCGCUGAGCAACACACUGUUGUUGUUCCUCUCUGACUGUGUGACAGCUAGUUAGAGGCGGUCCGGCAGCAUACCAUGAGUAAACCGGCAGGUGAAAGGUCCCGCACUUACUCGUAGUCUUUGGCUGGGCUUUGUUUGUUUUUUAGCGGGUGAAACAUUUAUCGGUGGCUCUUUUUUUCGACCGACCUCCGCUACAAUAGCUUAGCUUGCUAGCAGUCAUUAGCGACAUUAUUGCAUUCGUGUGAAUGGAAGAGGUCUUCCUCAUUACGUUUACCAUAAAGGGGCAGUUCUGCUUUCAGAGGCUGACCUAGUGGAGGAUAAAUCCCCAGUGUCUUCCUGUAAAGGCUCACAAAUUGCUAUGGAGCCGUACCCGGCUGUGGGCUGUGUGAACAUCGGGAGUCUGACCAGCACCUUGCCGGUGAUCCCCUGCCAGAAGCUGACGGACCUGUAUUACCUGAGCAGGGGGGGCUUCGGCACGGUGUUCAAGGCGCAGCACUCUGACUGGAGGACCACCGUGGCCAUCAAGUGCCUGAAACUCGACAAUCCCGUUGAAGAAAGACACAGGAACAGCCUGCUCAAGGAGGCCGAGGUGCUCCACAAAGCCAGGUUCAACUACAUCAUCCAGAUCUUUGGCAUCUGCAAUGAGCCCGAGUUCUUUUGCAUCGUCACCGAGUUCAUGAGCAAUGGCUCUCUGGACCAGUUGCUCCACGAGAAGGACACGUACCCGGUGCUGGGCUGGCCCUUGCAGCUUAGGAUCCUGUAUGAGAUCGCGCUGGGCGUUAACUUCCUGCACAACAUGAACCCACCACUGUUACAUCACGACCUAAAGACGCAGAACAUACUGUUGGAUGGGGAAUUUCAUGUAAAGAUCGCAGACUUUGGUCUUUCAAAGUGGCGCCAGCUGUCCGUCAGCAGAGGCUCCGGAUCCAAGCCCACAGAGAUGGUUGGUACGGUAAUCUACAUGCCCCCCGAGAAGUACGAGCCAUCCAAGAGCCGCCGGGCCGACGUGAAACACGACGUGUACAGCUAUGCCAUCAUCAUGUGGGAAGUGCUGUCCAGGCAGAUUCCAUUCGAAGAGGUGACCAACGUCAUGCAGAUCAUGUUCAGUGUGCUGCGUGGGAUGCGUCCUGACACGGGUCCGGAGAGCCUGCCACUUAACAUCCCCAACAGAGAGACCCUCAUCACUCUGAUGACCUGCGGCUGGACCACCAACCCCGACGAACGACCUUCCUUCCUCAAGUGUUUGAUCGAGCUGGAGCCCAUGGUGAGGACGUUUGACGAAAUAGAUUUCCUGGAGGCCGUGUUGGAGAUCAAGAGGUCAAAGAUGAGGUGGGGGUCAGCUUGUUGUUCAGCUCAGCCGGUGAGUGAGAAGAGGAGUGAGGAGACGUCCCUCAACAUGCUGAAGGACAGAACCAGCCCCUGGCCGGAGAGCUCCACCUCCAACUCCGGCUCCGGCUCCUGUUCCUCCCAGGACACAGACAUAUCUGUCCCUGGCGCCCUCAGCAGCAGCAAGAUGGCAUUUUCUAAAGACGGAGAGGGGCACCCGUCGUCAUUUAUACGGAGUACUCUGGAGGCCCCUGCGUCUCUGGUCGACCAAGUCAACAAUCCGGACACCUAUCAGAGUGCAAAGCUCAUGAAUGACUUGAACAUACCCGUCAAACCAUGCCUGCCUCCCACUGAAUUUGGGACCCAGCUGGAAAACCUCACCAUCAAGCCUCAGCCUCAGCAACAAGCUGGAGCUGAUUACUCUCCUCCGUUGCGUCACUCCCCGCCCUUACAAGGCCCCAUCGCCCGGUGGAUCGAGGCCCGGCGCGAGGAAAUCGUCCUCCAGAUGACGGAAGCGUGUCUGAACCAGAGCUGUGAUGCGCUGCUCUCCCAAACCAUGCUGAUGCGGGAGGACUACGAGCUGAUCAUGACCCAGAGCACGCGCACCGCCAAGGUUCGCCAGCUGCUGGACAACUGCCACCGGCACAACGAGGAUUUCUGCCACAUCGUCGUCCGCAAGCUGCGUGACAACAAGCAAAACAGCCUGAAGCCGUACCCCCCAGAGCUGGGGUCUCCCACCUAAGUCCCCCUCUCCAUGUGUUACAACAUCCACAGAAACAUGUAGCAGCCAAACCAUGUGCAAACUUUACACUCCACUCACUGGUUUUUGCAGAAUAGGCCCUAAAGUUACUGUCCCCUAGAGAGGCAAAAACAGCUUCAAAGAAUAUUCACUCGCAUGACACAAAAGGUUAUCUUCCAGAAAGAAAGGGGGGUUUUGUGUGUUUUUAUUUAACUAUCUUAUGGAUUUAAUUUAUAGUUGCUUCAUUGUGAGUGGAUGUAUCGCAGGGUUUUGUGCUCUCUUGACCGUAUGUUUUUGUCUACCAUUAUGUGAAAGUUUAAUCACAGAAUGUAGCCCAGUAUUUUUGUUUGUGUGUGAGAGUGUGUGUACACUGUUGACUACAGGACUGUUAACAUGCUGGAAAACCGACUGCAAGAAUAAGGUUUAUUCCUAUCAAAAGCAAUCUUACAGUAUCAUGAAGUCAUGGGUGAACAGGAUUUGUAUCCCUUGACUCAAGAGAAUCAAAGUGCAUCAAAUCUAUAAAAAAUAUAUGUUCUGGACGCCUUCAGAGCUAAUCCUAGCUAUGUAAGUGUUCUUGGGCGUUAACAGCCUCACGUAACUGAAGUGUUGGAGGAUAUCUUGGAAGACUGUGGCUGUUAGGAAAGUUUUGUCCCGACCUGGAAUGCUGUAGUGAAGAGGAUGGUCACACAACAUUCAGAAUGAGAUGGGGGGGCGUGUGUGUCUGCAUGUCUGUGACAAGUGGAGCAGAGUGAUCUGAUUUUUUCGGGUCUUCUCAGUGGAGGCCUCACCUCUUUUAAUGUCGGACUCAUUUAGAUUCUUCCAGAGGUUCAGCCCAUCUGCAUAAGAGCUGUAACAGAUGAACAGAGAAACAUGUUUAGUUUAACGGCUUAUUAAAGUGCAGUAUACACAGUAAGCGCUUGCUCACAUCUCUCUUUACGCUUACAGUUUUCUCUACUGUAGUUGGCUUCCUAAUCGACCAUUUUAAAGUGUCAUAGUUCACACAUCACAGGAAGACAGUAGCACCAGUGGUCUGUAUUGAGUAACAUGGUUAGGAAUUUGCUUUAUCCAUAACACACAAAACUGAAACAUUGACUUUAAUUAAAUGUACAAUGUCACGUAACUGUAUUAAGUUAUUUGAAAGUAAUAAUAUCAUGUUUAAAUAAAAAAUAUUAGGUUGAAUUUAAGAUUAUUGCUUUCAACUAACUUAAUAUGUGAAAUGUGUUGACAUAAUACAUUUCAUUAAUUCAACGUUUCAGUUUUUUUAGUGCAUUUACUGUAUUUAAGAAGCACAUUUUUCCAUGAUACAGUUGUUGAUUUCAGCCUUCCUUAUAGUCAGGUUUGUAUAUAUAUCUAUCAUCAUUAUCAAUUUUGACAUUUGACGAUUAUUUCCCAAAUGAAUCGUUUGGAAACAUUUGUUUGGCCAAAGAUGGCAGUUUUGAAUUCUGUCCAAAGAAAUCCAGAAGAUAUUCAGUUCAAUGUCAAAGAAGACUAUUACAGUAGCUGAAAGCUGGGAGUUAUUGGUAUUUGUAUUAAACAGAAACUACAGAUUAGUAGAUCAUCAGAGUAAUUGCAGAUUUUAUUUCUCUUACUUGAUUUAUGGACUGAUUGUUUUUUCAGCUGUGUGCAUGAAUGGAUCUCAUUGAGCCUUUCCUCUAAAUUGGGUUAUCUUAGGGUCUUCUCAGUAGGGGCUUCACCGUCAGACUCAUGUUGGUUCUUCCAGAGUUACAGCUUGUCUUUAUGGGAGCUGCUAUCCAUGAACAGAGAUCAAACCUGCUUAAUUUAGUGGCUUGUUAAAGUGCAGAAUGCGCAACACGGCUCACAAAUCACUCUGCAGUCUUUCUCUACUGUAGUUGUGCUUCCUAAUUCAGUCAUAAAAGCUGUUUAUAAAACUUCAAAUCUCUGUAUACAUAUUCACACAAAGACAGAAGCACCAGUUUGUCUCAGUAUUGUUUUAAGUUGUUUACCAUGUUCUAUGUGCCAACAUUUAGUGUAUUUAGGAAGCACAUUAUUUCCCUUGACCGUGACACAGUGCUUUUAUCUUUUUUUAUUCAUCUGAAGAUUAUUCUCUGGAUGAAUCCUUAAAACUGUAAAAAUGCAGUUCACUUUUCCCUCCAGGCCAAGGUAGCAUUUCUUUACAUUUGUUGUUUUUUUAAACACAUAAAAUAUUCAGUUUACUGCCAUAGAAUACAAGUGCAGAAGCUGAAACCGGCUUUAAAAAAAUUACAGAUCGUUUUUUUUUUGCAGAGGAAGACUGUGAAACUUUUUAAAGACUGAUCCAUCUGCAUUACUGCCGCCACUUUCCUCUAAAUGGGUGCUUCAAUGCAGUAUUGUAGCCGUGUCAUAUACAGAAUAACCUCUGUUGUCAUCGUUAGUUCCAAACUAGUAAACUGCAGUUCAAUAGAGAACUUAAAAAAUGAACAGCAUUAAAUGAGCCUAAGCAGGCCAUCUUAAGACAUAGUGUCACAAGAAAUCAUACAUUUGAGUGACCACAGAAGGAGUCUUUGAUAACUGUGCCUCAUAUUCUGCUUUUGGUCUUAACUAUAGCAACGUUCAAAAAGCUUUUUCAAGGAAAAUGUUGAGUAAAAAAACGUUCUUAUGGCUUCUUUAGGUUGUCCCAUACUGUUUUACUAUAGGUAUUGGUUGACUCUUUCUUUUAAAUAUUUGUAUUUUCAGUUGUGAUCCCUCUCAAAGAACUCAUGCAUUGUUUUUGUAAAGUGAUGUUUUCAUAUUCCUCAUUGAGUGCCCAUAUCAGUAUCAGUUGAUCAAAGAAUAAUUACUCUGUUGAUGUGUAGUUAUGGUUUCAAUAGUCAUUUUUCAUAUAUUUCACAACUUCUCAAUAAAUGGGAACUCUGUUUUUA